CGUUCUGCCAAGGGAGGUAAUCACUGUGAGGAGUUUGACUCAUCGCCUCCCUUUGAAAUCAGAUGCUGAUAAGGGGAGAUCACUGCGAAAAAACUAAAAGCGCCAUUUUGAAAAAAAUACAGAUAUGUCAAAAUGAAAGCUGUCCUUUUAAUCCUGAUUUCAAUUGGUAGUAAUCUGGCACAGAACUUUAACAACUUGUUUGUGUGCCCAGAUGAUUGGAUACCAAAUGGUGAUAGAUGUUACCAGUUCUCUUUUCAGCCACGAAAUUAUGAUGAUGCUGCACAUAUAUGUCAGAAAAAUGGAGCCAUCCUUCUGAGUAUUGAUGACAUUGCUGAAAAUACAUUUGUUUUAGCUCAUCUCAGGAAGGUAGACAAUCAAAGACUUGAAUGGUAUACCAGUGGAGAGCGAGACUCUUCAACAGUAAUUGCUAGAUAUGUGUGGACAGCAACAAAUCAAGAAAUAUCAUUGACAUCUGACAUAUGGAUUGACAGGAAUGAACCUAUCAACAGUGAUAUAACACGGGAUAUACUUGUAUUAAAGUAUGAUGCUAGAAGAGGAUUAUUUGGAGUAGCAGCGGUGUCCGGAAGAUAUGAAUUGAGGAACUUUAUAUGUGAGAUAAGCAGAAAUGAAGUUUACAGAAUAAAUAUCAACAAACGUGGCUUUGAUUAUGGUACAUCGUUCAAGAAUUUAAAUGAUGUGCAGAUGGGACCAAAGUUUAUUGUAGAGGCAGAAAGCACAGUUGUAAUCUCUGACAAAGCUGAAGGCAUGGUGUACAUGGAAUGUAUCGCCAGUGGUAUACCACAGCCAGAGUACAAGUGGAUAACAUAUAUAUCCGGCGAAGUUACCCAAAUUGAGUCCAAAAUAGACCCUCGUUACACUAUAACUAAUGGAAAAUUCACAAUUGAAGACCCAUCUGAAGCCAAGGAUGCUGGUGUGUAUCAAUGUUUAGUGGAGAACAGUGUAGGGGCUAUAAUCAGUGCACCAGCCCAACUCUCAUUUGCAAGUCUGGGAGAAUUUCCAAACAUUCAAGCUGCCCCAGUAAAUCCAUUAGAGUACCAAGGUGCUGUUAUUGAAUGUCCAGAUAUACCCUCAAGGUUUAGUCAAGCUGUUGUUUAUCAAUGGAAGAAAUCUGAAGAGGAUAGAUAUACUGGCGAUAUAGAUAAAUUAAGAAAGUCAGAUGUGCGCCCGGACUUAAAUAACCGACUAUUUGUUUCUGGUAAUGGAAAAUUGUACUUUUCGGAGGUGACAAGAGAUGAUAAUUUUUACUAUUACUGUAUAGCCACAUUAACUACCUUAAAUCUAAAUCAGAACUUCAUGAGUACAACAUUGAGUCCAAGUAGAACAAGCAAACCUGUACGACUAGAGGUGCGCGCUAGUGCUGGCGGAACAUAUGAGCCAAGAAUUCAGGACAGUUUUAUAAAUGUUAUACCUGGUUCACCAGUGGUUGGCAUGAAUAUAUCUCUGGAAUGCUUUGCUUAUGGGACGCUGCCGCUAACAUAUGAAUGGGAAGUUCCGCAGGGAGUUGUUGGACGGUAUGAGCUGACAGAUAGUAAUCGUAUUUUGAAGAUAAACAACGUACAGCAGGAUGACUCUGGAGAAUAUUCGUGCCGUGUUACCAGUAGUAAAGGCAGUGGACAACAGGCUGACAAGAAAAGCUAUGUUCUUUAUGUUGAAUCCCAGCCAGAUUUUAUCGUUCCACUUACUGAUCAGCAUCUUGAUAAGGGAACACGACAGUUAACAUGGCGAUGUGAAGCUCGCGCUGUACCUUUCCCUACAUAUACCUGGUAUAAGAAUGCCCAAGUAAUACAGAACAGUACUGAUGGGGACCGUCUUGUCAUUGGCAACACAUUGUUCUUGAGAAAUCUACAACAUGAACGAGACAGUGGAAUGUAUCAAUGUGUUGCACAAAAUUCACAUGGUGUAACCUCCACUUCUGCUCAGCUCAGGAUUUUAGAGGUGAAGCCAACUUUUGCCAAGUUUCCAGUACCAUCAACUAUGGCUGGUGCGGUAGGGGGUAACAUCACAAUACCAUGCCGACCAGAAGCUGCUCCAUUCCCAGAAAUCAGUUGGUACCGUAAUGGUGCCAACUUGAACCCAGGAACAGAUUCUGGUUCUCGUUUACAGCUUACAAUAGAGGGAGAUUUGAAGAUAAGGGAUCUAAGUAUGGGAGAUCAAGGGAAUUAUGAAUGUCGGGCUAUGAAUGAGCUAGGAGAAGACAGGAACAGGACAUUUCUUACAAUAAUGCAACGCACAACUAUAUACCAGCCACCUAGACCACAGAGUGUAGAAGUGAACAAAACUGCAUUCCUGUAUUGUCAGGCUUCAUUCAACCAGAAUAAACUGGAUCUUAUAUACAUGUGGGCUUUUAAUGGUAGAGUGAUAGACAUUGAGAGGAAUGAACAUUAUAGAAGGGGUAAUACAGCAGACCAAGAAGGAGGAUUAUACCUGAUAUUUGCACAGUAUGAUCAUUCUGGAAUGUAUACCUGUAUAGCACAAACACAAGUAGACUCUGCUAAUGCUUCAGCUGCAUUGAUGGUUACAGGUCCACCCGGUGAGCCAGCAGGUGUAGAAGCUUACAGUGCAUCAGAUAAGAUAUCUGAACAAGUAUCAGAUGAAUUAGGAGUGGGUGAUACAGAUGUAGUCCUCAGAUGGACGGAUCCAGUAGAUACACAUGGUGCACCUAUACUUACCUACAUGAUAUAUGGACAAACAAACUAUUCUAAUGAAUGGAAACCUCUGUAUACAUAUAUACCUCAGAUGAACACAGUGAUCAUGGGAUCUGUUGAUUCACAGAGACGCCAAUUCUUGGCACGGAAUCUUAGUCCAGGAGUCGGAUAUUCAUUCAAAGUUAAAGCAGUUAACAUGUACGGCGUGGGACUGGAAAGCGAACCCACAAAACGAACUACAAUACCAGGUUCUCAUCCAACUAAACCUCCUAGGAAUGUUGGAGGGGGUGGUGGUAGUGUGGGUACACUAAGAAUGACCUGGGAUGCAUUACCACCAGAGGAUCAUAAUGGAUGGGGUAUUGGUUAUAUUGUGGAGUACAGAAGGAGACCACCACCUGGAGAGGAGCUUACUUCUAAUAUCAAAUGGAAUAAAAUUGAAGUACAAGGGAAUGGAAGUGAAGCAUCAGCUCUGGUUGGGAAAGAUAACUACUAUCUGUUGUAUCAGGUCAAGGUCACAGCAUUUAAUAAAUUUGGAGUGGGUCCAACAGCACAGAAUGAUAGUGUCUACUCUGCUGAAGACAUGCCAAUAGGAAUACCAAGUAAUUUGUAUGCUGAACCUUACAAUGAGUCAGCUAUUAUUGUACACUGGGACCCUGUUCCUCUAGACCGUACUUUUAUGAAGGGCCAGCUGAAAGGGUUUAAGAUAGACUAUUGGCUGAUGUCAGAAAAUGGAUCACGUAAUUCCCAAGCAUCUCAGGAGUACAUAGAUAAUCGUGAUGCAGCACUUCAAACAGUUUUAUAUGGCAAUGUUGAUCACGGAAUGAUCAUUGGACUACAACCUGAUACGUGGUACACUAUGUCUGUUAUUGUGUUUAAUGAUGCCGGUAAUGGUUUGAAAAGUGAGGUGGUUCACCAGUCAACCGAUAAAUCAGCUCCCCGAAAUUAUCCUGUUCACAUCCUGGUUUUUCCAAAUGAGGAAAAUUCCAUACUGGUGAGGUUCCGAGGUGUUAGUACAACUGUAGAUGAAGAACCAUUGCUUGGUUACAAGAUACGUUAUUGGAGAGAUACAGAAGAUAUUCGUAAUGCAACAGACAUAUAUAUAGGGAAAGACACGGAGGGAACUAUACAUAAAAUACAAGAAGGUUACCUAUAUCAUCUACGAGUGCUGGGAUACAGUGUCGGUGGUGAUGGGAAAAUGAGCUCACCAGAAACACUUUUUACUUACUCCAGAGGUCGAGUGACACAAGUAAAUGUUGACCCGACAACAACAAACGUGACAUAUGUGACACAUGAUAUGAGGGGGUCAGGGAGGUGUUUGACGUCAUACAUUAUGAUGAUAGUGACGUCACUGCUUAUGCUUAUUACACUCUAAAACAUUACAAAGUGCUCAAGUAACAUCUAACAACCUGUCCAUACUUGUAUGCUUCUUUUGGUACAGUUAAAUCAAAGCCAAAAAAUAUGAAUUUACCUUUGGAUCAUCUUUUUUUAUGUUUUUACUGGAUACGUUUUCUUAAAAUGGGAAAAAAAUUAAAUUUUACAGUAUCCCUUUUAUAGGAUGAAAAAAGAGAAAUAAUGUAAGGAGAUAAUAUAAUAAUGUUUAAGUGAAGAGCACAACAAAACGGCUAACAAGCCAUCAUAUAAACUUUCCUGUAAAAAAAUGCUGCCACAAAAAUUAGGCAUGAAUUUUUUGUAUAUUGAUGAUAUUUGAUUUUUUGUAAGUAAAUCUUGUAUAUAAUGAUGAUUUUGUUUUCUACAAAUUAUUUAGAUUUAUGAAAUAGAAUAUGAAAUGCACCAUUUAUAGAUUUGCAAAUUGUAUAUAUAAAAGUAAACAGUUUUUUGUUUUAUUUGUAUUCAUGAUUAUUAUACAUGUACAUUGAACUUCAUUUGUCUUUAUGAAAUAUUGCGUCCUGAUUGCGGUCUGACUUGAAGAUUGGCUUAAGACCCAGUUACUUUGAGUCUACUUCAAGUCUGCUUCACUUGCUUAAACAUAAAUUUUGACUGACACAGAAUCAUGUCACCUGUGUAUAAAACUUCAACAUACAAAAUAAAGUGAUAUAUUAAAUUGAUGAGUGUGAUACUGUCUGUAAAUCCAUCUGAAUUUUUACUGUGAUUCUUUAUAUAAAAUUCAUGUGUAAAUUAUGCGAGGAGAUUUUAUGUAAUCUAUUAUUUAUUUCUGAGUAGUAUACAAUACAUAAAUCCAGCAUGAAGGUGAUUGUUUGAAAUCCAAAUUCACAGAUUUUUUUAUCUAGAAGUAGUAUGUAACUAUCAGUUAAAACUGGCAAAAUUUAGUCAUAAUUCAAGGUUAAGUGACAUUUUAUUUUAUUUUUUGUCUUGUUAAUUUUUGUCCAUUUUGUUGCCUUUAUUAAUUCUAUUGAUAUAUGGAAUACAAUGUAUUUUAAUUUAUUUGAUUUUGUGUUUUUUUGUAAUACUACAUGUUAUUUGUAGUCCUGGUAGUUUGAUUACUAUUUUAGUUAAUACAUGUACUAGUCCAAAUUGAUUUAAUCCUUAUAUAAUGAUAUAAACAUGUAGUUACAAGUUGCAACAGAAUCUCACUGCAAUGCAUUUAAAAUUUACAAAUUGUGAAAUAUCUUUUUACAUGUAUGACUUUGAUUAGUGAUGAAUCUCAUAUAUGUAAUGUUAAUAUCCAGUUCAAUUUUUGUCAUCUUUUAAAAAUAUAUUACUCUAAUGGUAUUUAAAGCUUUCACAUGUGCCAAUUGGCAAAGCAGAAAUGAUAGUUAGCAUAAUAAAGUCUAGGAUAUCUUUUACAAGUAUUUAUUUUCUUUUUUUCUUUGUAUUCCUUGUUUCUCAUUAAUGUGCUAUAAAUUAAGUGUUCAAAUUUUAUGUUAAGGUGCCAUACUGUACAGUUACAUUUAGUAGAUUUAUUAUCUGCUUUAUCUUGUUAGUUUUCAAGCGUUUUUUUUCCCCUGAAAUAUAGAGAUUUUUUCACAAAAUGAUAUAAUGCAUUUUACUUUCAUAAUGACUGAAAUAUUUGGGUAAGGUUGUAUGUAUUAUAUAUGGGUAAUUUUACAACAGUUGUGUGUUAUAUGAUCAAAUGAUUAUUAAAUUAAUUUACUCAAGUUUUAAAUUGGAAAAUUUUUCUGUUUUUCUUUGAUUUUUUUUUUAAUUGAGACAUGUUCAAUAAUGUGAGAAGGUGAAGGGCAAUAUGAUCCGUGUUAGAGAAUGAAGAUAUGUACAACCAUAAAAUAUAAUUACAGGAAAAUUUGUUGGCCUCUAACUGAUACAUGUAUUAUCAUGAAUAUGCUAUGCUAGGUUUAUACUUUUGUUCUGUCAACCUUUUUAUUUUGAAAUGCUCCUAUUAAAUGUACCUCAUGUAUGUGCGACUGUAAAUAUUUUUAUAACUUUAUAGUGAUUUAUAUAAUAGCAAUAUUACUAUAAUUGUUCUGUUAAUUUUCACGGUUUUAUUUAAAAAAACACACCCAGAAUGUAAUGUCUUCAAUUUUUAAAACAUGUUGAUUUAUGUGUAAAUUAUGCAAAAUUGUUUUUUACUAGCCUUUUCAUGUUUAAAUUGGUCUCAUUAUUAGCAAUACUCAAAGAAGAAAGAGCAUUUGAUACAAGUAUUUAAUGUUGUUAAUGGGAGGAAGAAAUACACUAAUAUGAUAAGAGAAUGUCCAGAUAUAAUGAAGGGUAUAACAUAUGAACACUGAAGGUUUCUAAAAUAAUAGGGACAGCUGGCAGAUUGAAAAUACUAGCUGAUUUGAUUUUUUCCUUCAUUGUUUUUGUGAAUUGUUAAUAUGAAGGAAUUUAAAGAUAAAAUGAAUUGGUUUUUUUUUUAACUUUUAACAAAAGAUGUGUUAUCAAGUCAAUUGUCAUGUGUUGUGAAGGUGCUAUUUGUAUUGUCUCUGUGUUUAUGUCGAGUGCUAAGAAAAUUCUGUGUUCACCUUAUUACUUAUUUGCAAUAGGACAACUUAGCUCUCAUUUUAUCUUCUGGUCUAUUUUGUUUUCUUUUAAUGAUCAUAUAUAUAAUUUACAUAAUUUAUAUAAUAACAGGGUCUAAUAACAAAAAGAUGGUGUAGAUUGUAUUCUGUUGUAGAGUAAAUUUCCCUAUUAUUCUGACAGAUUUUUUUUUCUCUCCAAAAUUCUUCAAAGCAAUAUUUUAAAGUUCUUUUGUUUUUGCAUUUUGUAAUCCAUCUAGCUUGUUAUUGCAAUAUUUUUUUAAGUUCUUUUGAUUUUGCAUUUUGCAAUCCCUCUAAAUUCUAAACUUGGUUUACAUGCAACACUAGAUACAUCCAUGUUUUUAUGCCAUCAGAACAUGUGGGAUGCUGGCUUCUAGUGAUUGACUUUGUGUGUCCAUUAUAAAGAUUAUAAUUGAGCCGCAUCACGACAAAACCAACAUAAUGGGUUUGCGACCAGCAUGAAUCCAGACCAGCCUUGAACCAGUCAAAAUUAUAAUCAAUUAAUAGCUCUUAUGGGUCAAAAUGAGCUUACUGCAGGGACACAUAGUUUUAUAUUAGAGAUAUUUUGGGAAAAACAAACAGCUUGGUGCUUUUAUAUUUGGCAUGAGGCAUUUCAUUGAGGACCUUUACCAAGUUUGUUCAAAUCAUGGCCCCAAGGGCCAGAUUGGUCUUACCUCAGUGGCACACAGUGUUAUAAAUGUAUAAAUAGGAAAACUAAAAAAAUCUUGAUAAAACUGCAAGGCCUAGAUCUUUGAUAUUUUGUUGUAGAUCUCUGCCAAGUUUUGAUGAAGUAGGUCCUGAUAGUCAAAUUUGCACCAUCCCAAUGGCACUGUAUACUGUAUUCCUAGAAAAGAUUUUGCGCAUUUUAAGUUAGCGGUUUUCGCAGUAGGCAUGAUUCCGCGAAUCUUUAUAGCCGCAAAUAUGUCACUUAUAACAAAUCCGCGAACAUUUCUAGCUUCAACCAAAUAGAACAUAAAAAGUGCAGAAUAUUUAUUAUAAUCUACUUACACACAAAAAACCCCAUAUAAACACAGGUGCUAUAGAAAUGUAUAAAGAAUUAUUAAUGUAUGUUAUUGAUACUAGUUUGCACGCUGAAAAAGAAAAUAUCAAUUAUUAGUAAUUAUCAUGCUUAUUGACGAUUAGUCACGGCGUUGACAAAUGCAUUUACAGUUUGUGAACAUUGAAUGACUUGGAUUUUAUUUGCUUAGAGUAGGUGUAAUCCUUUGUUAAAAGUACAAUAGCGAUCAAGUGCUACAUUGAUAAACAGCUGUUUAUGUUGUUAUAAUGAAAGCGAUGUACAGUCCGAUGUGUAAAAAAUACGUAUCGACAUUUUGAAGAAAAAGUCAGUUAUGAUUCAAAUGAGAAUAAAAGCUAAGGGGUCUGACUAAAUCUUACUUAAUCACAUAAUGAAAAAGGUAAGGAAAAAUGAAAGUGGUCAAUAGAUGAAAAUGUGUUGAGUAACGUUGCGCUUUAGGCGCGACUUGUUAAAAAAAUAAAAUAAUUAAAAGCAACCAACAGGCAUGGUCAUGCAUCAAAAACGUAGCCUCCAAAAACUGUAAUUUAGGCCAUAGCGACUUAACAUUCGCGGAAUUCGCGGUUACUACAUAUCCGCGAAAGUUUGUCUCUGUGAAAAUGCCGACGUUGUGAAAAACGCGAAAUAUUGUAUCCGCGAACAUUUCUAGGAAGACAGUAUAUAUAAACUUAAAAAUUCUUCUUUCUCAGAACUGCAAGGGCUUGACCUUAGCUUCCAAGAUCAUUUUUAAAAUUGUUCUUGUUUGAUAGUGUACAAUAUGUUGGCAUUUCAUUCUUCACAUUAGCCAGAAAAUUACUCACAUUUAUUUUUAGAAAUGAUUUUAUAUUUAAUUACAUAUCUAAUUACGUUUCUUUUCACAAUGUAGAUACCAAUCCACCCAUAUACUUGCAAUUUUUAUACAAUAAACUUUAUUCUUAUAACA